AGAAAAGUUACUUCACUUUCUGGGUGUGGUUCUUCUUCUUCUUCUUUUUUUCUUUCUUUAUCAGCAUGCUCCUUUCUUUUGCUUCUUCCUUCACCACGCUUGAACAAAUGAAACAACAUUUCUUGCUCUUAAUCCGCAUUGCCAUUUCUCUCCUCUGAUCAGAUAUCCUUCAUGGAAUCACCUGUCAAUGGAGUUGAGUCCUUACCUGAGGUUCAGAAUUCAGUUUCUGGGGUACAUCACGAUCCUCCUUCAACAUGUGGGACUCCCCGUCCUUCCCGGCCUCCCUUGAGAGCAUCUAGAAAUCAUGGAGCUUCUUCCACAUCCUAUUUGGCUGGUCAACAUAAUUAUCCAACAAAGAUCAUUCACCAUCAAAACAGCUAUGUAAUUAAUCAAAAGCAUUCCUAUCAGGAAGGCAACAAUGUGGAGCAUGGCGGAUUGCCAACAAAAUUGUGCAGCAAGCAACCUUUUGAUGAUUCAAAGAAUUGUGAUUCAAGUGGCGUAUUAGAAUCUGACAAUUGCGUCUUAGGUCCAUCAAAACGAGCUGUUGUUAAUCAUGCAAAGAGUUACUAUCAGUCAGAGGUUACUUUUUGUCCAAGUCCUCAGAAUAGUUUCUAUUCAGCCACUGUCUAUUCAGAAGCCAAAGAAAGUUUCACUAAUACUGAAGUCAGUGAGUGUGCUAGUGUUGAUAAGUCAUGUGAAAGUGGAGAAGUUACAAAUUCCUGUGAUUUUAAUGAGAGUAGGAAGACCAGCAUCUGUAGAGGGAGCACCGGAAGUGAUAUUAGUGAUGAGAGCAGCACCAGUAGUUUGAGCAGUGCUUUGUAUAAACCCCAUAAGGCAAAUGAUAUAAGAUGGGAAGCAAUUCAAGCGAUCCGAGCUCGUGAUGGAAUGUUGGAAAUGAGGCAUUUCAGGUUGUUGAAGAAAUUAGGAUGUGGAGACAUAGGAAGCGUUUAUCUAGCAGAACUGAGUGGCACAAGGACUUCUUUUGCCAUGAAAAUCAUGAACAAAACAGAGCUGGCAGGCCGCAAGAAGCUUCUGAGGGCUCAGACGGAGAGAGAGAUAUUGCAGUGUUUAGAUCAUCCUUUUCUACCCACAUUAUAUACACACUUUGAGACAGAGACAUUCUCCUGCUUGGUAAUGGAGUUCUGCCCUGGUGGGGACCUGCAUGCACUCAGGCAAAGACAACCUGGCAAGUAUUUUUCUGAGCAUGCUGUCAGGUUUUAUGUGGCAGAAGUUCUCCUUGCUUUGGAGUAUUUGCACAUGCUUGGGAUCAUCUACAGAGACCUUAAACCUGAGAAUGUGUUGGUGAGAGAAGAUGGUCACAUAAUGUUGUCAGAUUUUGAUCUCUCUCUAAGGUGCACUGUCAAUCCAACUCUAGUAAAGUCAUCAAACCCUAACUUGGAGACAAAAAGCUCAGGAUACUGCAUUCAGCCUGCUUGCAUUGAACCAACAUGUGUACUCCAGCCAGACUGCAUCCAACCCUCAUGUUUUACACCGCGUUUUCUAUCUGGAAAAUCCAAGAGAGAAAAGAAGUUUAAACCAAAGAAUGAUCUGCAUCAUCAGGUGACCCCUCUUCCCGAGCUGAUUGCCGAGCCCACAAAUGCAAGAUCAAUGUCCUUCGUAGGCACACACGAGUACUUGGCGCCUGAAAUCAUCAAAGGUGAAGGGCAUGGCAGUGCUGUAGACUGGUGGACAUUUGGAAUAUUCUUGUACGAGCUUUUGUUUGGUAGAACACCAUUCAAGGGUUCGGCGAACCGCGCAACUUUGUUUAAUGUUGUUGGGCAGCCCUUAAGGUUCCCAGAAUCUCCUACUGUCAGUUUUGCUGCCAGGGACUUGAUAAGGGGUUUACUUGUGAAAGAACCUCAGCAUCGUCUUGCCUAUAGACGUGGAGCUACAGAGAUUAAACAGCAUCCAUUCUUUCACAAUGUUAACUGGGCACUCAUUCGUUGUACAAAUCCUCCAGAGGUGCCAAGACAGGCUGUGAGACCACCCCAAAAUGAAAAGGAGCUUGGUGUGAAUCCUACUGGUAAUUAUUUAGAUAUUGAUUUCUUUUGAUCUUUAUGGUUUUUGUUUUCUCCUCCUUCGGACUAGUUUCCAAUCUAUCAUUUCUGUUGUUUUGUCUGUCAGUUUGUCCAUGGUUCUUUCCUUUUCAUAAAUCUUUAUAAUUUGUCCAUGAUAAACUGUUUUAAGAAAUUUCA